AUACUGAGCUACAGCUGAGACGUGAUUCCAUCUUCUGUCAGUCUCUUGUGGCUGCUAUUUGCACCUUUUCAGAGCAGUUACUGGCUGCUCUCAACUAUCGAUACAACAACAAUGGGGAAUAUGAAGAAAGCAGCAGAGAUGCCAGCAGAAAAUGGCUGGAACAGAUAGCAGCCACCGGGGUUUUACUGAACUACCAGUCUCUUCUCUCCCCAUCUGCGAAGGAGGAGUGUACCAUGCUGGAAGACAUCCAGGUCACUCUGCCUGAACUGGACAAAGUUGCCUUCUAUUUCAAGCAGCUGGAUGAAAGCCUUGUAGCAAAUACUCAUGUCUUCUACCACAUCGAAGGAAGUCGUCAGGCCUUGAAGGUUAUCUUUUAUCUUGACAGCUACUACUUCUCCAAACUGCCUUCUCGGUUUCAGAACGGGGGAAGCUUGAAGCUGCACACGGUGCUCUUUACAAAAGCUCUGGAGAGUGUGGAGGGGCAAUCGCAACCAGCUGGCUCAGCUCUAGAAGAACUCCCACAGCAAAUUAAUGGUAUUUCACUUGAAAAAGUGCAGCAAUACUACCGUAAACUCAGGACAUUUUACCUAGAGAGGUCGAACUUGCCCACUGACUCCAAUACCACUGCAGUGAAAAUCGAUCAGCUUAUUCGCCCCAUUAACGCAAUGGAUGAGCUUUGCAGGCUGAUGAAGUCCUUUAUUCAUACAAAACCAAGCCAGUCGGGAUAUUCGAGCAGUAGCUUGUCAGGAGCUGGCCUGCUACCCAUAUCCUCUGAGCUCUGCUACCGACUCGGAGCCUGCCAGAUUACUAUGUGCGGUACGGGGAUGCAGAGGAGUACGCUGAGCGUGUCCCUGGAGCAAGCAGCCAUCCUGGCUCGAAGUCACGGCCUUUUGCCCAAGUGCAUCAUGCAAGCUACAGACAUCAUGCGGAAGCAGGGACCGAGGGUUGAGAUCUCUGCCAAGAAUCUGAAAGUGAUGGACCAAAUGCCCCAGUGUGCGCCCCGACUCUACAGGUUGUGUCAGCCACCUACAGACGGGGAUUUAUAG